GUCACCCACUCAACUACUAAUCUGCCUCUCAUUAGCUUGACUCUGGGAGAGCGGACGGGAUCCCGUAUAUUCUAAUGGAUAUGGUCGUAUGUGCUUGAUCUCAGGGGUAGUUGGCCUCAAGUUAGUUGCCACAGAAGGCAUCCACAAUAAAAAAAUAAAAACAUACAACAGCCGGUGUUCGCUAAUGGUCACCCACUUAACUACUAAUCUGCCGGUUAGAGGCUUGUCUAUGGGGGAGCAGACGGGACCCCGAAUUCUCCUCUACCUAUGGUCGUAUGUGCUAGUGGAAGCUUAGUCCAGGAUCAUAUGCGUAUACUUCGACAAGGCUGUCACUAUUGGGCAUGAUACAGAUUGACUUGAGCUCGAGACGACAUCGAGAUGUUUAAUGCGUCGAUGACUUAACAGUGGAGAGGGCUGCCCAAAGUCAGGGUCGUAUAUUCGUGGUGGUGGCUGCUGAAGUUAGUUUUUAGCCCAAAGAAGCCACCGGGCCUAAUUGUUCAAAAUGCUUCGUGAUACUUUCUUUUUAAUUGGGGCAAGAGAGUGAUGCUUUGAGCAAUUCAAAACUAUUUAAUCUCUCAGUUCGUUCUU